UGCCAGAGUCGGAAAAUGUUAAAUGGGGCUGAGAUGAUGCCAAGGGAAAGAUGAUCGAGGCCUUUGCAAACCAUCUGAGCAGUCAUCUGGGACGUCAUCUAUUUUAUUGGGCGAUCGACACGAGGACGCCAAGUGGCGUCAGCGGCGCCAGUUACGGCCUCAAUCUGCGUCUCUCCGAGCUAAUUAAUAAAUUUCACGGUCCCCUCGAACGCGGCGUCCAGGUGCUGGAUCACCUGCUGACGCUCGAAGAGGACGACUUUGCCGGCCAUUGGGGCAGCGCCUAUGCGCACAACUAUGAGCCGGAAUACGCUGCGCGGGUUCCGGAAAACGAGGAAAUGCCGCCGCCCGAGCCACAACAAGAGCAGCAACUACAACAACAACAACAACAUCAGCAGCAGCCGCAGCAGCAACGCCAAUCUAACAUGGAGACGCUUAACAAUGGCAACGGCCUCUUGCACUCGCCACCACAUAACCACCAGCAACAGCAGCAGCAACGUGGUGCUGCAGUCACAUCCCCGGGGCCGGGGUCAGGCAGCGCCGCUGAUCACAAUAUACAAAUAACACAGCCGAUCAGUGCACCAUCCUCGCCGCUGGCUUCGCCUGGCGCCUUGAAUAGCAACAACAGUGGCAGCAGUCCGACCACAUUCUGUCUGCCCUCCAGUUCAGCGACAGCCGCGGCCAUUGCCUCGGCGGUGGCUGCAGCCAAUGCGGCGACGGCAACAACAACGCCCAGCAGCGGCAGCGGAUCGUACGUCUGUGCAGCGGGCAGCAAUAGCAGCUAUGCCGCCGUUGGCGCCUCAAAUGCCAUUGACACGGCCGAUCCGAACUGGCAGGCCAGCAAGGCAACCGUGCUGGAGCGCAAUGCAGCGAUGUUCAACAAUGAGCUGCUGUCGGACGUGAAGUUCAUUGUGGGCAGCGAGUUCGAUUUCGAUCCCAUUCAAACCAUACCCGCACACAAGUACAUUCUCGCCACGGGCAGCUCUGUGUUUUACGCCAUGUUUUACGGCGGAUUGGCGGAGAACAAGCAGGAGAUAAAGGUACCCGAUGUAGAGCCCACAGCCUUCUUAACGCUGCUAAGGUAUCUCUAUUGUGAUGAAAUCAAACUGGAACCUGAACACAUACUGGCCACAUUGUACGCAGCUAAAAAGUAUAUUGUGCCACACUUGGCGCGCGCCUGCGUCAACUAUCUCGAAGUCAAGUUGACGGCAAAAAACGCCUGCCUACUUCUCAGUCAAUCGCGUCUUUUCGAGGAGCCCGAACUGAUGCAACGUUGCUGGGAAGUGAUAGAUGCCCAGGCCGAGAUGGCGGUUAAGUCCGAAGAUUUUGUGGACAUUGACCUCAAAACAUUCGAAUCGAUAUUGUCGCGCGAGACCCUAAACUGUAAGGAGAUUCAUCUAUUUGAAGCGGCGCUCAAUUGGGCCGUGAAUGCCUGCGAGAAGAUGAGCAUUGACGAGACGUCGGCGAACAAGCGCCGCGUUCUAGGCCAGGCACUGCAUCUGAUACGCAUACCGACAAUGAGCCUGGAGGAGUUCGCCAAUGGCGUUGCCCAAACGGGCAUACUCACGUCCCAGGAGACAAUUGACAUGUUUUUGCAUUUCACUGCAAAAAUCAAGCCCACUCUCAGCUUUCCCACGCGUCCGCGUGCUGGUCUCAAAACUCAAGUUUGCCAUCGGUUUCAAUCGUGCGCCUAUCGCUCCAAUCAGUGGCGCUAUCGAGGCCGCUGCGACUCCAUACAGUUCUCAGUGGAUCGCAGAAUAUUCAUUGUGGGCUUUGGGCUCUACGGCUCGUCCACGGGUGCAGCUAACUACAAUGUAAAGAUCGAGCUGAAGCGUUUGGGCCGCACGCUGGCGGAGAAUGACACAAAGUUCUUUUCGGAUGGCUCGAGCAACACUUUCCACGUAUUCUUCGAAAAUCCCAUACAGAUAGAGCCGGAGUGUCACUACACAGCCUCAGUAAUACUGGAUGGCAACGAGCUCAGCUUCUUCGGGCAAGAGGGCAUGUCUGAGGUGCUCAUGGGCAAUGUUACAUUCCAAUUCCAGUGCUCGUCGGAGAGCACCAACGGCACCGGCGUGCAGGGUGGCCAGAUACCCGAACUGAUCUUUUACGGACCCACAGCAGUCACCGCGCUCAACUCGCCCACAAGCUCAAUCUGCGCCACGCCCAUAGGAGCAACGCCAGCCAUUACAAGCGGCAGCAGCGGAACAGUCACAGCCAAUGGCAGCAACAAUGCUAACAACGCUGCUGAUGAGCUGCCAGUCGGAAGCACAAGCGCCAGCAGCGAUGGCAGCAACACCUGAUGCGCACAGUUGUACUGUGCGGAGUGGCAGGGUGCCUGCUACUACCGCCAGCAGCCACAGCACCAGCAGCAGCAGCUACCGAAGAGACCAACACAGAUUCAACCACAACAAACACAAAAUCGAAACUCAUGGGUUUUCAGUGCAACACAACAAAGCAAAUUGGAGUUUUAAGGAAAGCGAUAUUAGAUUGAUAUAUAUAUAUAGAUACAUAUAUAUACAUGUGUAGUUAUUAUAUAUACACUUAACACUUAUAGAAUCACAAUACAGUAGAGUGCUCUAGUUAUCGUAGUACAUACAUAUAAACAAACACACAUACACAUAUAACGUCUGUUGGUAAAUGCAUACAAAAAGAAACUAUUUAAAAUUUGGAUAACGUAAGCCCCCAAAAGUUGAUGAUAUACACCCAACCUACUACUAAUACUAUAUACGUUCCAAGAGAMAUUGCGAAGCAAGCAAGCAGAUAAGGUAAUCGAAGGCAUCUUCAAUAAGCAAGUAAACAACGGGCAAUCAGUCAAGCUAAUGAUAACUAAAUAUAUUCUAAAUAAACAACUGAAUGCAAAACAAGAAUAUAUAUAUAUAUACAUAUUAAAUAUCAGAAAUAUUUUUUGCCAGCAUAUACUAAACCUACAUAUAUAUAUAUACUAUAUACACUUGAAAGAGUCUAUUACGCCAUGUUAAAGUAUGCGUACGAAUUUGAAAGCCAAGUUAACCGUAAACAGAUUUACACACUUAAUUAGCAUUAGUAAUCCCCAAAUUCUUCUUCACAAAACAGAAACAUACACAGAUUACAUGCUAUAUACGCGCUAAAAUUAAUUAAUAUAACUAUGUAUUUCUUGUAGCGUGCAUUUGUAGUUGCAUUAUUUCUAUAAACGUAAUAUAAAAGCCUUUUUACAGCCCGACAUAAACCAAUUAUAGACUUGAUUUCCCCUAAUAUCGAAUAAACGAAUCUGCAUGAAUCUUCUUGAGCUGCACGGCGCAAAAAUCAUAUUUGAAUUCAAGUUUUCAAUUCCUUGAAAAUUGUACUGAUUUUUUUAUUUUUUCAAAAUAAAA